AGAAGAAACUAGCAGCGACACAGAACUACACGGGUAACAUUGUAGCUAGCAUUUUUAAACCAAAUGAUUAGCCUACCAGUAGCAUAUUAACGUUACUUAGAAACAAAGUUCCAAUCUUUUGCAGGAGUAAGACAGAGCUGCGUUAAGAUUAAUUAAACAUUUGAAAAUGUUGAGCAGUGUUUCUCUACGGGCGCAGAUCGCUUCCAUCAUAGAGGUACUUUCUAAAGCGGCGGUUGCAGAAAUUAGCAAAGUAGUCGACGAUGGUAUAGUUGUGUUACGUGUGGAAAUGUGUCAACGGGAAAAUGAAAUCAAUGUCCUGAAAAAUAAUUUACAACAACUUGACAGCGAGCUUCGAAGAGCUCGAGCUCGUGGGAUUCAAGCUCGAAGACGCAUUCAUCAUGGUCGAUCAGUCGCUGCUGAGAAUCUUGGGAGAGAAGGGCCAGGUAGAAGCGGUACUGCUUGUGUCGGGAGGACCUCGCUUGAGAAACUGCAGUCUGGGGAAGAUGGUAAUGAAAGGGAUGAAGAAGACAUUCGACGUGCAGUUGAGAUUCAGGUGAAGACUGAGCCAGGAGUGGAGCUGGAACAAAGAGAACAAAGUACAGGGAGAAAGGACAAAGGUUGUCUGGAUGCUGAACUGUCAAUGUAUGACAGAGACAGCCAGCAGUGGAUGUCCAGUUCACAAGCAGACAAUGAUAUGGAGAUGAGCAAUUCAGAAUAUUUGAAUAGUUCAGGGCAAAACUCCCAGUGUCUCCCUGAUCACUCUCCUGUACCUCCUGGAAAUUCCGACAAGGCGGAAGCGUCAUGCAGCAGUGUUUCGUUUCCAGGUAAACCAUAUUUUGAUGUAAGAGGGGAUAUGAUUUCACAGCUCAGACAGUCACAACAUUAUCGGCAGUCAGACAUACUCAAGAGAACAAGUGAUGGCACAGUACAGUCAAACCCAGACCCUAGAAGUGUAUUGGGUUUUGGCUCAAAUUAUAAUACUGCAAGGAGAGCGAGGACCAAGAGAUUUUGCCAGGUUAAGAAACACUUCAUUUGCACACUGUGUGGAAAGAGUUUUGAACGUUAUGGUCAUCUUGAAAGGCAUCUGCGAAUUCAUACGGGUGAGAAACCAUACAGCUGUGACCUAUGUGGGAGAUGUUUCAACCAGAAGAGUAGCCUCAAAGGGCAUCUGAAGACUCACAGAGUAUCGAUAGACGGACAAGCUAACAACGCGGAGAUGCCUCCCCUGGAUAGAAGUCAGUCUGAGGAAGAGCAAUGCAACAAAAAUAAUGAAGUGGUCCAAACUCCUCCUGAGAUACCUGUGAAGUCGGAGCCAGAGGAGCAGAAGGAUGCAUCCCAGAUACUGAAUCAUGAAGGAGAAGAACAGACUGCAGGAAGCGCAGAAGAACUGGCUGCUAAGUUGUCAUUGUAUGAGAGAGGGAGCCAGUCGUGGAUGUCCGGUUCACAAGCAGACAAUGAUAUUGAGACAAGCAAUUCAGAAUAUUUCAGCAGUUCUGGUCACAAGUCACAGUGUUUCCCUGACCAUUCGCCUUUAAAUCAUGUCCCAGGAAUGGUGGAAGCGUCAUGCAGCAGUGCUUCAUUUCCAGGAAAACCAUAUGUCGAUGUCAGAGAGGAUAUGAUUUUGCAGCUCAGACAGCAACAUUAUGGACCUUCAGACACACUCUUGAUAGCAAGUGACGGCACAGUACAGUCAAACUCACAGGGCAUGGAAGGGGUUACACUGAACCAUAGCCCUAUCUUCUCUAGUUUUCCAAGAAAAGUGAGAACCUUCCAAGGAGUCACCAAGGACAAGAAGUGCUUCAUCUGUUCAUUCUGUGGGAAAGUUUUUGAGCGGGUUGGUCAUCUGGAAAGGCACCAGCGAAUUCAUACGGGUGAGAAACCGUACAGAUGUGAAAUAUGCGGAAGGUGUUUCAACCAGAAGAGCAGCCUCAAAGGGCAUCUGAAGACUCACAGAGCAGAUGGUGUUGAAAUGCUAACGGAACAACCUCUACUUGAUAAGAAGCCUGAUGUCCAUCCUAAACCCUCAGAGAACCCAGAGGAACAGAGGGCUCAGGCCUCACUUGCUGAAGAACAGCCUAGCUCUGGUGACAGUGAAGAUGAGGAGGGGGGAAGGGGGCAGGGGUUAGUAGUGAAAGCAGAGCAAGAGAAGGAGUUUAAAGCCCAGACAAUCAAUCUGUCUGGACAUCAACACCAACAAAGCACAGAGCGACCAGGUUAUCAGGAUGACCCAGAGUAUGUCAUGGAUGAGAGGGAGAGUCAGAUGGGGAGAUCUUUUACAGCAGAGAGGCACAAUGAUAACGAGUCUGGGUCUGUACAUCCAGGUUGCUCCUUCGAUGGUACAAAGCAGCAGAACUCCCAUCCAGAUUCACCCAGUGUGAAAUACAAUCACCGUCUUUUUGAUGGAAUGCACCACCACGGGUUCUAUUCGUCAGCUUCUAGAGAGGUGGAACUUGAACACUUGUCUUUUCAGGAUGAGAAAAACAAGUUGGAAAUGAUUGAGCAAGAGCAGUAUGCAGGAAUGGCUCUAAAUGUAAGGAACCGAGAGGAUGGCAAUGGGACAAUGCUACCCAGGUUUCAGGGCCGGGUACCACUACCUGUAGAGAAGGAAACGGCAAUGAGAGAGUACAUCACAGAACCAAACAGUCAAGAAGGCAUUUUAUUUGCCCUUGGUAUAGACGGUUUUGACAGCACAGAGGGCAGCAGUGCCACCACAGACAACACAAGAAAUAGAUGUUUCAUAUGCUCCAUUUGUGGAAAGAGUUUUGAUCGCCAUAGUCAUUUUGAAAGACACCAGCGCACUCAUACUGGUGAGAAACCCUACUGCUGUGAGAUAUGUGGUAAGAGUUUCACUCAGAAGAGCAGCCUGAAAGCUCAUCAGAGACUUCAUACAGGGUAGUUAAUCAAAGGCCAGAUGGGCUUCAUCAAAAUGCAAUCAAUACUAGUGUUGUAAAAUGAGUAUUGGACAUAUGGCUGCUAUUGGUAAUAACUCGGUGUUGCAACAAUUUGGAAGUCCAACUAUAUUGUGUUGACUUAAUAUGUUUGUUUUAUAUGUUUGUUUCCAUUACACUUGAUUAAAUGGAACAUUUGAGUAGUGCUUAGUUUGUCGUAAUAUAUAUAUAUAUAUAUAUAUAUAUAUAUAUAUAUAUAUAUAUAUAUAAAAAAAAAAAGGUUAAAGAAAAACUUUGAAUAAUGACAUUUCUUUUCUCUCUUUCUACAUCAAACAUAUGGAUAAUUUAUCCAAUUAAUAGGGUUACGUAACCAUUGUUUUUGGAGAAGACCUUGAUGGUAAGUUUGCCUACUACUCAAUGAAUGAGUAGAGUAGUUCAAAUUGAGUUUUUUUACUCAAGCUACCAAAACACAGGAAAAUCAGCCUAGUUUGAGUAAAAUGUGCUUAUUUUUCUGCAUGUAUAUAUUUUAAGUAAAUGUAAAAUUGUGAAUGUCUCAAUCUUGUGGGUUCACUGUUUUACUUGUUAGUAAAAUAAAAUGUUUUAUAAGAGGA